GCAGUUUGAUGAACUUUGAACCCGGAAGUGAUAUUCGCUCUGUUGAUAGUGAUGGUACGAGUGUAAAAUCAGGUAUGAUAACAAAUCUCUUACAGCAGUCAGUUUACGCUAAAACAGAUUUUACAGCUUUGUUACAUGUCAGCUGUGAUAUACGUUAAACUGGUUGUGAAAUAAAGGUGCUAACCGGCGUUAGCCUGCGGGCUAACCGAAGGAAGUGUGAGAGUCUGGUCUCUGCUGAAUCGUCUGUGUUUACAGUCCCGUGAGUGGCUCCUAUUCAUUCAAUAAUGUCGUUUGUGUGCUUUUAGUCUUGUUUAACUGACCUGGUGCUUAAUGCGGACUAGUCUAGACUUGAUAAUAUAGCAUUAGAGGAAGGAACAGGCUUUAAAGCAGCGAUAAAGAUCAAAAUGAUGGAUGUUUUGGUCCAUUUUAAGUCCUUUUGGGUUAUCUUGAGAGCUUUUCCUGGAGCUCAGACAGUCUGAAUGUAAAACAAAAGCUGCACCUGAGUCAUGCCAUCACGACCAAUUGCUUUUACGUAUCAGUAUGUUAAAGUGCAACACAAGGAUAAAAACACAGCCACAAGCUGAUAACCUGUAAUUACUGCUUCUGCAAAACCUUCAGUGAAACCUGAAGCUUUUACAUGUUUGAUUUAUAAGCACAACUAGGGCUGAGCGAUAAAACGAUAACGAUAUAUAUCGAAAUUUAAUAUCCCUCAAUAUCGAUAUGAAACAUGGUCAAUAUGCUUUUUGUAGGGCCGGGCGAUAUGGGAAAAAGUUUAUCACGAUACAUUUUUUUUCAUAUCAGUUAAUAUGGAUAUUUGGAUGGAUAUAUAUUUAAAUUAUAGAUUCAGACUGACAUUUAAAGUUUAAACUGUCCUUAUCUUCCACUAAUAAUUAUUGUUGAUUCGACUGUCAUUUCUGUCACUGCAGAUCUCAGGAUGGACACCAGCGGGAAACCCUCGACCGCACAGAUUGUGGUUUUAGCCACCAGCUCGGCCCUGACUGCACUUUUCUAUUCCAUCUACAGGAGCAGGGCGACGACGGUUGCCAGACUAAAGGUCUGCGACAUUUAUCGCACUCUGCCUUUGUGGUUUAAAUGUCAAGGAAUGCGUGGAUUUAUCACCUGACGUGCUUCAUUGUUAAUCUGAGAAGUUUUUUUUUCUUUCUUUCUGCAGGAAGCCAAGAAAGUCUCCAUCGACCAGGAUUUAAAAACGCUGCUGUCUGAAACUCCUGGAAGAUGUGUCCCGUAUGCAGUCAUCGAAGGUGUGUUUCGUUUCCGUAAAGACACCAUGAUUUAAUCCAAAAUAAAACUUUAACAGAGCGUCAUAUCCUCCUGUUUAAUGCAGGUGUGGUGAGGUCUGUGAAGGAAACUCUGGGCAGCCAGUUUGUUGAAAACUGCAGAGGAGUGAUCGAGCGACUGACGCUGAAGGAGGAGAAGAUGGUGUGGAAUCGUACCACUCAUCUCUGGUAAGUCGAUGAGAGGACCGUGAAGUGUUUUCAAUAUAACAGACACAGACAGAAAUCACCAGGAAGCUUAGAUGGAGUUAUUGGCUUGUUGAGAAAUACCAGCAAGAAAUCAAAACAGAAAAAAAUGUCUUGUUUUAAAAAAUGAGUGUCCUUGUACUGCCACUGCUUCUGUUCAGCAGCAGGACAUUUAACAGCACAAAAACAUUCCCUGCAAAUGUCAGUCUGGUUUAAUUAGAUGCUGGUGUGGUUUCUACCCUUUGUACUGACACUGACGUGAACCGUGGGUGACUCAGAGGACAAAGAAAUAUCACCUAAGAUAGAUUUCUUUUGGCUUUUCAACGUUAAAAAAAUGGCAAAACAUUUCUGGGAAAUAAUAACACCAGUGUGGGUGCAAAAAGGAUGACAAAAGAUGAAUUUCAGUCAGGCGAACAGUGACAAAAUUAAAUAAUAAUUUUGAAAAAUGAGCUGUUUCCUCUUUUUCAAGUAAGACUAGUUACAUUUUUCUCAAAUUAAUAAAUCUCUGAAGGGUUAUGGGAAAUUUAAGAGACAAAAAUAAAGAAACAGGACCUUCAGAGAACAACCACCGAAGUGUUGAUGACCACUGUGAUUUCUCUGGAUAGGAAUAACACAGAGAAAAUCAUCCACCAGCGCACGAACACGGUCCCCUUUGCCCUCGGGUCCCACGACGAUGAUAUCACUACGACGAUAAGAGUCAUACGUCCACUAGACGCCGCUGAGCUCGACCUGGAGACCACCUACGAGAACUUCCACCCCACGGUCCAGUCUUUGUCCAACGUCAUCGGACACUUCAUCAGCGGUGAGCGACCCAAAGGCAUCCACGAAACGGAGGAGAUGCUGCGGCUCGGAGACAGCAUCACAGGAGUGGGAGAGCUGGUCCUGGAUAACAACCUGAUCAAACUCCAGCCUCCCAAACAAGGAUUCCAGUACUUCCUCACCCGGCUGGACUACGACUCCCUCCUCAGGAAGCAGGGGAACAGCGUCAGGCUGUGGAGGAUUCUGACUGUUUUAUUCGGCGUGGCGGCUUGUUCCACGCUCAUCUACAUCCUGUGGCGGCGGUACUCCCACCGCAGACAGAAUAAGAAGGAGAGGAGCAUGAUGGAGGAGUUCAAGGAGAGGCAGAAGAAGCGGAUGCGUGAACUGAACAUAGAGGAGAACAACGUGUCGCCGACCAGCUGCACCGUGUGUCUGAGCCGGGAGAAGUCCUGCGUGUUUUUGGAGUGUGGUCACGUUUGUGCCUGCGCUCAGUGCUACGACGCCCUGCCAGAACCAAAGAAGUGUCCCAUCUGCAGGGCCGCUAUAGACCGCGUGGUGCCCCUGUACAACAGCUAAAAUACUGUCAUUUACACCAGAUACAGGUACUCUGGUUUGAGACCUUUAAACUCUUGAGACUUGACUGUGUUAUGAGUUUUUAGACUCAAAGACAAUCUUAUUACUUUGUCUCAAUAACGUCACAAAGAAAGACAGAUAAGGUCGAUCCAGUAAUUGAGAUGAACGACUCUAAUCUAAACCGCCUCCUGCUGUUUUAGUGAAAGUUUUCCUGGUUGCUGUUGCUCUUGGAUCGUUAUCACACCAGGUGAUUGUCCACAAACGGAUCACCUGUUGUGAUAAUGAAACUUUCAAAACGCUCGUUCUGAUGAGUUUUUCUACAAGAUCAGACACAGUAAAGUGUGUAAGUGUAGAAUUAAGACAGGUCUUAGCGCUGAUUAAUGAAGAGGGAUGUCAGGGAUGAAGAUUUAGCCAAGACUGGGCACCUUAAAGUUUGAUUAGACAUCCAAAAAUCCUAAAAUAUAAUUGGCUGCUUGUCUUAUCAUCAUGGGAUCUUAAAGGGAUAUUCCGGCGAAAAAUUAAUUUAGGGCCGGAAUAUCCCUUUAACUCACAAUGAACUAUUUCGACUAUUAGCUUUAAUUUUACGCACUUUGUGCUGCUUUCUUUGCAGAAAAAGUGCAGAGAGUCACAUUUUCUUUUCAUUCUUAAUAAUAAUUUUAUAUUAUUAAGCAUUUUAAUAUUAAUUUAUGAUUUGAUGUGAAUAUUUUUUACUUGACUGGGACUUGAGACUUGACUUUGACGAGAAAAAAGGGACUCGUAGAACACUCAUACUGUCGUGUUAGCACUUUGAACAUUUCACUCAAAUUUGUGCACCUGUGCCUGAAAAAAGGAAUAUCUGUGUGGGUAUCUUCAGGGGGGAUUUCUGUGUUUACUCACUCUUAAUAAAGAUGUAUCAGAUGUUUUUACAGAGCCACAAAUUGAGCUACUCUAGAGUCACAUUUAACCGUCGGUAUCAGUGAUUCAUAUCCCAAAAGGUAGUAGACAUCACUUACUCAAGAUUGUAAACAAAACCGUAUAAAUGUUUGACAUGAAAUGAAGCGUAACGUCCAGCUGUCUUUAGCUCUUCUUGUUUCAUAUCCAGAGAGAAAUGCAUCGACACAUAUUCAUCUGUUUUCAGACGUUAAAAGGAAAUAAAACCACAAAAACUUUUAAUCAAAUAUCCUUUUUUUCCUGGACCCUUUUUCGCCGGAUUCUAAGCUUUUUUUUUUACAGCUCUGAACCUUUCAGUGCGUGUCAAGGAGUUUUCGCUGUUAUCUUUGGUGAAAUGGAACUCUUAGUAAGCCUGAUGAGAUUUCUAAGAAAGACUGCACCCACAUGAGGAGGAUGCUUUCAGAAAUGUGGCCACUCUUUUUUUUUUUUCUUUCAUUUGAUUUCUGUAAAAAAAAAAAAACUCUUCAGUCUUCCUGAUGGAGGUGUUUUGUGCAGAGGCGGAGUAAAGGCUGUAGGUCACAUGGACGAUGUUUGUAAUUCUGAUUUGAUUUGUUUGAUUGGAGAAUAUUUGAACAAGCUGUUGUGACCGUUCUCUUGAUUUUGAAUCAUCUACAAAUAAAGAAUUGUGCACUCAGGCUCCACAAGCAUUCGGACUAAUUAUCCAAAUUAAAAGCUGCUAAAACAGAGGACGCCCUUGUGCAUCCUUCAAAGCCACUGAUUGGACGUUAAACUUGAUUUUUCUGCGACAAAAACCAUCAAUUAUUUGUUUUAUUUUGCGCCUGACGCCUCAUUAAGCGUACAUGCAUCGUAGCAGAGAUACAGUGUGAGGCUGAAUCUCUUUGAAACAGGCUGUUUUGAUUGAACACACAAUGAGAAAAGCUGUUUGAAGUCGGUGGAGUUUGCAGCCAGGAGAGGGGGAUGUUCGCCCGCGCAGAGAGCCAGAAAAACCCAGAAUUUGGAAAGAGAGGGGCGGAAAAUGUAGAGCCAUGUUCCCUGAAGGAAAGCAGCUGUUUUCAGUCUUGCAUGAUUUUCUUUUUGUUGUUUUUCUCCUUCAUAUCAAACUGCAUUUACAUGGAAAUAUUUAAGGAAUCAUCCAAAGAUAAUUUAAGAGUAAAAUCAAAUGUUUUGAUUUGUUUUGGUCACAUAAAAUGAAUCAAAAAAUGUCUGUUUCUCUGAAUUUAUUUAAACCUUAACUCAAUAUUCCUUUCAUUAAAUAGAUAAUCCUCCAAGUACUUCAGUGGAGACAGACAGGGGGAAGGAGAAGAUGCCUUUGUAUGAUUCAGUUUGAGGCCAGCAGGAAUGAAUCUCUGUCUCCAGAGGCCGUCUGAAGGCAGUUUUUGGAAACACAAGAAUGCUCUCCUCUCUCAAACGCCAAAACAAAAAUAAAAAAAUCCCAUUUUAUCAACCCCACAUUAUGCCGGGAAAUCUCAGAUGUAUUAUUUAACGUCAUAUCAGGACCCGGGCAUUAUCAUUACAUUAGUAUUCAGAAGCGAACCCACAGAUAUCCAUUUUCCUGGAGUGAGCCGCUGCCCAUCGGUCUCUGAAGGAGUCUGAGCUAAAUGUCAGAUUCACCGAGCAAUCAGGCUUUGAGAGCGUUUUGCACUCCUUUCUGGGAGAAGUACAGUAUUGAUGGCAUUAAAAGCCUCAUUGUGUUUACACCAAGGCUGCUAACAAGGGCGCAGUUUCGCAGGUAUUUUUACUGUUCCCGAAGAACUCUUCGGCGGAAAUUUAACACAAUGUCCUGUAAAAGUUGUAAGAUUGUGAAACGACAAAACUCCUGCUGAGCUGAGAAGGAAGAAAUUAGCGUUUUUAAAUGUUUGUUUUGAUUAAAGGUGGGGUAGUCAGGAUCUGAGAUAGUGUCAGUUUUGGAGAGAAGCCUUGAAUGUAAACACUGACCCUUAGCUCCUCCCUCUCUGCUCCAGCAAGCCCCACCCACAAACAGACGCUCCUGCUCACUCGUAUCGUUCCAAUUAAAUUCAGAUAUAAUGCAGAUAAAUACUUCAGAUAAUUACAAAUAAUGGGGCCCAGUCAACGUGAAAGUUAACAGCAUUGGCUUUUUACUUUUACCUCUGAUUGGCUAGAAAAGCUGGAAACGUCAACACGCACUCAAGCCAAACGCGGGCUGUCAGCUCUGUACAUCGAACAGAACAUUAUCGCACUUCUGAAUCUCCUAACCCUAACCCUAACCCUAACCUGACAGACGAUGACGUUUCACAGCCAUAACAAAUAACUGAUCAGAGCCAACCACUUCUAGCCAAUCAGAGGCGAAAGAGGGCGGGACCUUCCCCUACCGUCCUACAAAAUAAACCUAAAAACAAUUCCCUUGCAAAAUUUUUAAAACUUGGAUAAAGUGACAUAGUCCAGGACCCAAGGUCAACAGUUAAGUGGUGCUACAACACGCUACAGCAGGUCCGUUUGACAAGAAACACUUACUUUUACCUGUCCAGCAGAAAGGUUACAGAAAGGGCUUCGGUGAUACAAUUUAAGUCAAAUUUUUUUGUCAUUAAAUCAAUCAAAAAGUUUCUGCAGUUGAGUUUUUUGCAUUAACUCUCAAACUCAUGAGAUCAGACAUUCUCAAACUAUGGGAUUCUUCAGUUUUAAACAUCUGCGAUUCACCUUGACCAAGAUCAGAUUCAGGUGUGCGAGUCUGAUUGGCUGAAGUGAGACCAGGUGUGGGGAGGUGAUAAAAACCCUUGUUGGAGGAUCGACCUCUGUGGUUUUUGGAGCUGUGGCAGCGUAUCCAUUAACUUUCCUCCUGUGUUAGCUUUAACUACGCACCCACUUUGUUAAGGAUCAGUUUUGACCCGUGUCUUAAAUCAGCUUUAAAUCACACUAAAAACAAUUCUCCAUCGUCCAGUUUGCCUCUCAUCUCUAGGUUACCUUGUUAGGCUUCAUUAUCCAUGAAAAUAUUGAUUAUAUUGUUAAAUUAGCUACUGAAGACUGUUAAUCACUCUCUAACAGUGAGAGGAUAUACUGUAUCACAUGCACCGUGCACCAGCCUCCACACCUUUAAGACUAAAUCUCUGUAUUUGAGUCGUGUGUCGAAUAAAAGCCUCCCCAAAACAAACACUUUCUGUAAGUAGAGUUGGUUAACUUGUAGAUUUAAGACAAACUCAAAUAUCGUUGGGGAAAACAUCAUCUUACAGCCCACUGGAUGUGCUUUCUUGAUGGGUUUCCAUGUCAACUGUUAAUCACCCUGCAUCCAAACCUUUGAGAGAAAAGCCUCAUCCCACGACCCCCACGACUCGCUUCAAACCAGAUGCCGCAAUUACUCGUGUUUGUCUGUCUGUGAGCUAUUUAUGGGCCGCAUUAAACUGAGGUGAUAAAGCGUCCCGUGUUAAAUUAGAUUCAUUUCUGCGACAAUUAAGACGGGAAAUAAAGUGUCGCAGGGACACGUGACGACGACAACUGAACGACCGCUGUGUGAGUGGAGCAAAAAUAGAUGGUGAAUCAAAACUGAGAAAGAGUCAAACUGCAUAAUUCGCUUUAUUGAACCAACCUGAUGUAAUUGAAAUUAAAUUAUUAUCAAAAUAGACUUUCUUGUGCUGUGUCUUAGACUGUAGCUUAGCAACGGUUUAUGCUCCAGAGUUUCCAUAAGGCCGUUUUCCUCUCUCCGUCUGCUGUUCCCACACAUCAUAUAACACAAUGCACCUGAAUAAAUUGUCGGUUAAUAACGUGUGUCUUUGUAUCAGAGCGCCCUUCAAAAGCGCAGCGUGCUGUGAGGAUCAGUUUGAGUCUUUUUUGAUCUGUAAGGUACAGGUGAGGGGGGUUAUUAGCACAACAGUAAUGAGAUAUCAUUUUGCUUUUCCUCUUCGCUCUGUUUUCUUUCCUUUAUCUUCCUUUUUUUUUUUUAUUUUGGGCCCUGCACGUUUUUCACCAACGCCAUAAAUGAUAUCUUGUCUUCCUAAUUGCUACCGUCCUCUGAUUUCAAGGAGCCGUGUUGUGGCUGCUUUUGUUGUUAAUGAGGCAUCUGUCGUGUCUCUCGGGGGAGAUAUAGAACCAGCGCUGUCCAUGUCACCUUGACAUCCAUUCAACAUACUGAGCCGGAUGGAAUUAACAACAGGUCUUUCAUUACUUUAUCUACCAUGCCAUCUUUGUUACAAGACAAGAGACGGGAAACAGGAGUAUGAAGUCCGAUGUGUAUCGACUACAAGCUGGUUAACAACAUUAAAACAGAGUCAAUGGGUUUGAUGUUGGAGCACGUGUGGAAAAAAUCAGUUAAAAUGAGACAUAACCUUGUAGAAAAGGAGCAGUGUUUAAAAAAAGACAGCUCAAGGAAAGUCAUGUCCAGAAUUCACUCUCAAGAAUGAAUCCUAAUUUAACUAUAAUAAGUCGGACAGAAACUCAAAAGUAUCAGCCGAAGAUGAUCUCAGACGAUGCAGAGGAGCAUCUUCGCCUCCGUACUGAUGAAACGAUUGAUAAAUGAUUCAUUGUUUUGCCCCUUUUUUUUAGCAUGAGGCCUUCAUAGUUUAUUCAGUCGGCAGAGGUUCACCUUGUCGAGAGUAUAAAACACGGAUGUAGUCUCGGUGACUGGCAUAGCAAGUGUGGCCUUGAAGCGCGCGCGAGAAACGGCUGUUUUUUGGACUUGAGCGUCAGCGUCCUCCCUCAAGACAGAAGGUUGACGCUUCAUUAACCCUCAUGCACAUUCAUGAGAGCGAACGUUUCCAGGAACAGGCUGCCCACAGAGGUCCAUAAAUCAUAACUUCGAAUGCUGGAUUGUAGAUUCGACCGUCCACAUGCCAACGUAUCCUUGGGCGAAACACUUGACCCCUUCUGACUCAGCCGUCAGAGUGUAAAUAUGAGUGAAUGUUACAUGCUAUGUGAAAAGCACUUUGAGUGUUCAGAAGACUGGAGAAAACACGAUAAACAAUCCAUUCACCAUUUUACCAUUGAAAUGGACUUGAAGAGCUUUUACGCCGCUCUUCACUUUCCACCUUUUUAUAAACUGGUGGCAAAGGACACCAUCAGAGUGGACUUAAGCUUGUGGGAGCUUCCUCCUGGUUGACACAAAGCAUACCUUGAUUUAUCAGAAAUAUAAACACUUCAAGUCAACAACUGAGAAUUCUUUCAGAGGCAAGAAUCGGGAAAUGUUCUCCUCUGGCUGUUUUACAUGUUUACAGCGAGUACAGUCGCCCUCGCUUCCUUUGGAGAAAACAUGGUCAAUCCAUGCGACACCUUCGCACUCGCUUUAGUUUGAAACAGCAGGUGUUAUGUCCACUUCUAUGGCGCUGUUUGUGUAGAGCUGAAAAUAAUUGGUUGUUUACAGUGACCUUUAGUUUGAAGCUCAUGUAUGACCAAAGCCAUGUUUAAAUGAGUCAUACGAGGGGGGGGCAUUAAGACUAAGAGCCACAACACUUUUUUAAAGCAAGUGCUAAAGAGUUGCAGGUGAACGCAGCAAAGAAUAAAAUAAGAUGGAUGAAGGUUGGUGAUUAAAUAUGUUGUGUAGGAAUUAAAGGACAUGGGUGGGAUGCAAGGAUGUAAAGCUAUGAAGCAACUUUAAUAUAGAGGUGUCAAACAAAGGAAAUGGAUAAGCAGAACAGGGUAUCAUCAGCAUAGCAGUAGAGGCAAAAUAAAAAAAUAAGGGCACAAGCAUUGAUCCUUGAGGUACCCCUGAUCAGUAUUAGUUACUUAACUUGAUAUAAAGUUACUUUAAUUUAGAGGUGUCAAAAUAAAGAAAGUGGAAAAGUAAAAUGGGAUAUGAUCAGCAUAGCAGUAGAGGCAAAAAAAUAGGGGCGCAAGCAUUGGACCUUGAGGUACCCCGUAUCAAUGUUAGUUACUUAGAUAUAUAUGAAGCUAUUUUAAUAUAGAGGUGUCACAAAGGAAAUGGAUAUGUAAAAUUGAGUAUCAUCAGCAUAGCAGUAGAGACAACAUAACAAAAUUAGGGGUACAAGCAUUGAUCCUUGAGGUACCCCUUAUCAAUGUUAGUUACUUAGCUUGAUAAGAAAGUACUUCAAUAUGGAGGUGUCAAAUAAAGGAAAUAUAUAAGCAGAAGAGGUUAUCAUUAGCAUAACAAUAGAGGCCAAAAACAUAGGGGCACAAGCAUUGAUCCAUGAGGUACCCCGUAUCAAUGUUAGUUACUUAGCUUGAUAUGAUGCUAUUUUAUUUUAGAGUUGUCACAUAAAAGAAGUGGAUAAACAGAACAGAGUAUCAUUAGCAGAGCAGUAGAGGCAAAACGUAGGGGCACAAGCAAUGAGGUACCCCUUAUCAAUGUUAGUUACUUAACUUAAUAUGAAGCUUCUUUGAUAUAGAUGUGUCAAAUACAGGACAAAGUGGAUAAACAGAACAGAGUAUCAUUAGCAUAGCAGUAGAGGCAAAAAAGGGGGAGGGCACAAGCAUUGAUCCUUGAGGUACCCCUUCUCCGUAUUAGUUACUUACCUUAAUAUGAAGCUACUUUGAUAUAGAUGUGUCAAAUACAGGACAAAGAUAAGCAGUACAGGGUAUCAUCAGCAUAACAGUAGAGGCAAAAAAAUAGGUGCACAAGCAUUGAUCCAUGAGGUACCCCUUAUCAAUGACAAUGGAACAAUAGAUGACAACAGAUCACGUAUCCAUGGUUGAGUUAUUUUAUUACAUGCAUCUGCAGAGCAGAUCAUAGCAUCGACAAUCGUAAAGACACAACAGAAGCUUUCAACAGCCCCAAACAGUCAACAAUCAUUUUGAAAAGGCACACACAGCAAGUGGAAAGAUACCAUACGUCAAAACUGACCCAGCACAUAAAAAAGUACGACAAUUACAGCGGCACCGACUACUGCAAUUACAGCACAAAAAUAUUAUUAUAUGACAUCUACUGUACUCUCUUUUCUCGAGAGCAGAAUACUGCUCUACUGGCUCCAAUGUGACUUUUCAGGCAUUUAACACACAACAUAAAUACCUGUGUUCAUGCAGAAAGAUCUAUGCAACUCAGCCUGAGUGAAAAAAAUCAAUACCUGAGUAAAGCAACACCGCAAUGGAAUAAAUAAGAGGUAAAUCAACAAUAAAUAUACCAUUAUAGGCAAUGCAGAGAGUCAAUUGAAUUUCAAGAAAGAACAAACCUAUAGUGAGUCCAAGAAAAUGAACCAAUAUUGUCCACAAUAGUAAUCAAACUGCGCGUAACAGAUGUAAAUUCAUGAAAACUUUUAAACUCGGUUAGGCACUUGUGGUAAAUGAAACUGUUUCCUCUGUGAUUCCCAGAACAGGACUGUUGCUCGUUUCUUUCAAGACCCAGUUGUACCACAUCUGAGUGAAUCCAUCACUAGGUUUAAAUGGUCAGCUCUAUGUCACAAACAACAAACACAGAACAGCUAAUUGUGGUUGAACCAUUACUACUUGAAUUACAUCAAAAAAAAAAAAACCCUGAAGGUGUCAAAAAUAAAUAAACAUCCUUAGGAACACAAACCAAAAUCAAAGAAGUUUGAAUCACCAACAACAAACCCAGAGUGUUAAUUAUCACAAAAGUUGAAGUUCAGGUAAAAUCAUAUUUUUGACCUCAUGAUGACGCUGCAGGAAAAGUCAGGGGAUCAUGAAGUAAUUAGGGCUUAUCUUCUGGAAACCACAAGUGUGUUUAUUCAAAAAUGUCCAUUUGUUUUGUCAUCUGGCUGAUCUCUGAGUGUGAGCAUGGUAUAAAGCUGCUGUGAGGGACUUCAGGUCUGUGCUGAUUUUGGCGCCCCCUUUGGACAAAGUGUAACUUCUUAUCUAUCGCUUUACACAUUAGAGUAGAGCUUUAUCUAUCUAUCUAUCUAUCUAUCUAUCUAUCUAUCUAUCUAUCUAUCUAUCUAUGACUUUAUAUCUCUAUUUAAAUAAAUAGAAAAAACAUAAACUUUAUAUUUCUAUCCAUGUUUCUUUAUACUUUAAAAUUUUCCAUAUCUACAUAUGUCUAUACCUGUAUCAUUAUCUAGGCAAGGUAGAUAGAUAGAUAGAUAGAUAGAUAGAUAGAUAGAUAGAUAGAUAGAUAGAUAGAUAGAUAGAUAGAUAGAUAGAUAGAUAGAUGCUUAUGUUUACAUCGAAAGAUAGUUCCAUCACUCCAUCAUUUAUCUAUCUAUCUAUCUAUCUAUCUAUCUAUCUAUCUAUCUAUCUAUGACUUUAUAUUCAUCUUUAUAUCUAUGUCUAUAUCUCUAUGUAAAUAAAUUUAAAAAACAUAAACUUUAUACAUCUAUCUAUGUUUCUUUAAAUUUUUACAUUUUUCUAUAUCUACAUAUGUCUAUACCUGUAUCAUAGAUAGAUAGAUAGAUAGAUAGAUAGAUAGAUAGAUAGAUGCUUAUGUUUACAUGGAAAGGUACUGAUGCUCCAUCAUUUCAUCAUCCAUCUAUCUAGAUCUAGCGAUAUAUUUAUAUAGAUAUUUAGACAAAGAUCAAUUUAAAGAUCUAAAGAUAGAUAUUUUGUUGGUCUUUAUUUAAAUUUUUACUGAAAAAUGUUCGUGUUAAUGAUCCUUUCAAAAACUGAUUUUUGAUCUUGUUUGGUCUGAGUCCCAUCACGUCUUUUAGGGGUAUUGUUUUCUGUUUAGUGUUUACUUUGUUGGUCGUUAUGGUUACAAUACCAUGCUUCUCCUCACACUUACAGGCUGUAAAAUAUUCCCUGAAAACUUAAAGCUACAUCAGGACCUCUUUAUACGGUGAGACUAACUUUGAACUUGCAGCUUACUCAACUCUGAGACUGUCUCUGAUAAAUGGCAUGAUCAAAACUACCCCUCUACGACAGGUACGUCUUUCUUAGUGAGAAAAUAAAUAUGGAUUUACACAUCAUUACAUUAUAAACAUGCUAGUGGGAUAUACAUUCAUAGAUUUACACCAAAGCCACUCAUCCGAAUCUUUACAUCUAUUUUCUUCAGCUUCUUGCAUAUUCUUCAGACUCUGCUAAAAUGCAAUCAUGGCAAAUAUGACCAGCACAGUAGUGGGAGCAGGCAAUACAAAAAGAUCGGCAGCACUGUGUGUUUCCAUCUUUUCACAACAAAACCAAUUCAGGAAAUUCAGAAUGACGUAAAAACAAAGUGUCAAAAUGUCCUUUUUUUCGUGUGUU